UCUUAAAAGUGUUUUUAAAACAACUGCCAUAAACGCGAAACUUACACAGAUCUAAAGCAGAUAUAUGUUUAAAUGUGUAUGAGCGAUCACUGCAGUCAGUAUAGUACGAAAACAUACUAUACUUCGAGGUAAAUGUAAUGAAUGUGGAUUCAUUCGCUAUGUAAAUUUACUUUAUAAAUUAAAGAAAUUGUAAACUAAAAACUUCAAUGUAUUAUGGAUUCCAGAAUUUUUAUAAUUUUGGUCAUAUUAAAUGUACAACUGAUAUGUUCCGAUAACAUUAACUAUGUUACUCAAACUGUAUAUGGAUUUUUGGAUUUCACCACAACAAUUGGUGAUACCGUUAUGGUAUUUUCACCACAAAGUGCACCUUCACUACAACAAUUAAAUUUAUCAGAUGAUAUAAUUAAAACAAAUCCACUAAAUAAUAUUGAAAAAAACGUUGAAAAUGGUAUAAAACCGACCAAACUAAAAAAUCAGAAUAAACCAUCUUCUGCUAAAGUGAAUGUUGUAACAGAAAUCAAAGAGGAAGUAAAAAGUACACCAGCAGUUUCUGAAAAAGUAAUUGCGAAAAAAAGUUCAAAGCCAAUAGAAAAUGAUAUUCCUUCGAAAUCAAAGGUAAUUGCUAUUCAGGUUGAAAAUAAUCAGGAUCAACCCGAAUAUGAUUUACUGUCACGACAACCAUUAGAAUACGCAGAAGAAACAUAUCGUAUUGUUAAUCCUAAAUCAAUAUCACGUAAUCGUGAUAGAAAUCCCAGUGCUGAAAAUAAUUUAAAAACUCGUGAACCAACUACUAGCCAUCCUGUUGGAUUGAUUACAAAACUAAGUGGGACAGAAGUGAAGAAUGGCGUGACCUAUGUAUAUGAUACAAGUGUAAUUGGCAACUAUGUUUCAGAUAAAUAUACACAAGUACUCCAUAGUUCAUCCUAUAUUUAUAAAAAUAAAAAACCAAAUUUACGACCAACAUCAUCUUUAAGAAUAUUAAAAACCUCUGCCCCUCAAUUAUCAAAAUCAAAUCAAAAAGCUCCUCAUCCAAAUAGUUUACCAUCCAAAAAAAAUCGUAGAACAAGUUCUCAUCCAAAUAAGAGCAGUUCGAAAUCUGUUACAGAAUCGUCUACAAAUGCAGACCAUCACAAAUCAUCUUCUAAUACAAAAACAAAAACAAAAAGAAGACAUAAAGGAUCAAGAGCCACAGCAACUCAAAAAGUAAGACCUGUGUCAGCAACAGUUGUCCCUGAAACUAAUAAUCGUAAAUCAUUUCGUCCUAAAAUACAACCGUCUUCAACAGAAACUGAAUUACCAAGCAGUUUAUUCUUAUCUAAACUUAAUCGUACGCCUGGUAGAUGGCAAUACAGAUCGAAACCUAAGCCAACGGUUUCUAUUCGUAAGGCUAUAAAUGAAAAUGUCAGUCCUUCUGUAGCUACCAUUGAAAGUGGUAAUCUCAUAAGUCAAGAUAAAAUUGAUCAAAAUGUUAUAUCGGAUCAAGGAGAACUUGAGGGAUUAGGCUCUCAAAAUGCGCCUAUAAUCAAUAACGGUAAUGAACUAAAACCCCAUGCGUAUGCUGAAACGCUUAAUGUUGAAAUAUCCACACCAGCUGAUUUUAAAGACACAUACUAUGAAAUUGCAACAAUAAAACAACCGUUCACUUUUCAAGCUGGUGUUGUUAAAAAGACGCGUUUUAUAACAGUGACAUCAACAUUUGAAAAGCAUAUUGAACCAACUACACAGGUAAACAUAAGCGCGACCAGAGAUGAACCCUUAACGGAAAAUAUUCUUGCCGAAACAACUAAAAUUGAUUCAAAUUUUUUGGAUGGUAGUGUGUCUACUUUAAAACCUCUACAUCUUACUGAAAAUGCUGAAACACCAAGUUUAGAGACAGUAACAGAAACAUUCAGUGUUACUCAAACCAAAUACAAAACGCAGAUAUUGCCUAUUGUUCAAGAUUUUUCUAAUGAAACAACUUUAUUAACUCUUGUACAAAAAUAUGAUUUGACAACUCUAAUCACUGCAACAAAAACUAUAUUUUCACAUGAUGACUAUCAAUUUAAUCCUUCGAAGGACUUCAAAGACUUUGCUGGAAAUUUAGAUGAGGCUGGUUCAGAAAUAAAUUUGGAUUUGGAUUUUGGGGACUAUGACAAUGUGUUUGCACCAAAUGAGAAUAAAAACAAACAACCCAACAAUAAAGCAGAAGAUAUUUUGCACAGUCCCAUUGUUAAGCCAGAUAUAAAUUCAUUACAACAAAAUUCCUAUUUAAAUUUCUUCCAACAAACCAUGCCUUUCUCCACAGUUAUUACAACAUCACAACCUUAUAUUAAAAUCGAAACAAUUUGGGAAUCACAUGUUAUUCCUAUAAUAAACGGACAAUCAACAAGCUUUAGAACGCUUUCAAAAUCGAUUGGUACUAUUGACAGAACAGAAUAUCAUUUGGAUAGCUCUACAAUAACAUCUUAUCCUUCCGCACCUACCAUAAAUCCAUUCAUUCUACCCACUCAGCAGUUCCACACUCUUACAUCAGCAAUUAUAGAACAAACUUUGGCUACUCAAGUAAAUAGCAAAACUCUAAAAUUGACUUUCGGUGCAAAAACCGCAACCACUACGAUUUUAUCCACAAUUGUCGUACCAACCAGUGUUACAAAAAUAAUAACAACAUCAGUACCUGUUCAACCAUCGAUCCCAUUCCCAGGUUAUUUUCCACCACCAUAUCCUCCAUUCGGUUAUUUAGGUUAAGCGAUAUAUUAAGCUGGCACCUGAUUUAAUACUCUUUAUCAUUAUCGUUUUUAUAUUUACGAAAUUUUGUUUUAAAAUAAGUUUCUUUAAAAUUUUCAUUUUGUUUUUAGAGAUAUUUCAAUGUACCAUUACACAAUAAGCAAUAUAAUUUGGAAAUAAGUAGAAAAUAUGGCGAGUAUGUAUAAAUAUUAGUAAAAUAUAGAUUAAAUA